AGGCGGCAGUUAGCGGAGACAGACGGAGGCGAUCAUAGCUCUGUCCAAGGUCUUCUGAAAUCGCCUUCUUCCAAGUGCUGUUCCGGUGCCAGAACGCGCACAUUUGUCUCUAGGUAGCUGCACAGGACACAGGAAGAUUCUGAAUCUAGCUUAAGACCAUGGCAGCAAACUGGAGAGGAAUCCUGAUAGUAUUUGUGGCAGCUCAAGUAUUUGUGGUAAAUGCCUCUGAGGAAGAGGAUGUACCUGAAGAAUGGAUUCUUCUUCAUGUUGUUCAAGGCCAGAUUGGAGCAGGAAACUACAGCUAUUUGAGACUACAUCAUGAGGGAAAGAUAGUACUUCAGAUGCGGAGUUUAAAAGGCGAUGCAGACUUGUAUGUAUCUGACAUGACGCUUCACCCCAGCUUUGAUGAGUAUGAGUUACAGUCUGUAACAUGCGGCCAAGAUGUUGUCCAUGUACCUGCACACUUCCGCCGUCCGGUGGGAAUUGGCAUUUAUGGUCACCCCUCUCACCUGGAGAGUGAAUUUGAAAUGAAAGUGUACUAUGAUCGAACAGUUGUACAGUAUCCAUUUGGUGAAGUUUCUUACAACCCUGAGGAGAUGGACGCAAACCAGAAACACUCACAGUCCACAGAAGAUGAAUCUCAGGAUGAGGAGUCUGUUUUCUGGACUAUACUUAUUGGAAUUUUAAAAUUAAUACUUGAAAUUCUUUUUUAAAUUGAUACA